AUCGAUGCCUUUUAUCACAAAAUUGAUGCUCCUGAAGGAUUGCAGCCCGAAAAUUUUCACUCCAGAUGCCGUAAAAGAUGAAAUUGAUACAUUAGUUGUUGGAGGCAAUGAGACAACUGGCUUGACUCUCGCCUUCACACUUUUAAUGUUGGGCAUGCAUCCAGACAUCCAAGAACGCGUUUAUCAAGAAAUUUGUUCAAAUAAUGUGGAAGAAGAUCCAACUUACGACACUUUAACUCGUUUGACGUACAUGGAAAUGGUAAUUAAGGAAACUCUGAGGCAUUUUGCUGUUGGACCUGUUAUCGGGAGGAAGGCAACAGCUAAUGUUAAGCUAAACAAAUAUACGAUCCCCAAAGGCGCUCAACUCGUAAUCUGUUCAUACAGCAUCCAUCGCAACCCGAAAUUUUGGGGUCCUGACGUCUUGAAAUUCGAUCCAGAACGAUUUUCAGCCGAAAAUUCCAAGAAUCGACAUCCUUUUUGUUACAUUCCUUUCAGCGGAGGUCCUCGAAAUUGCAUCGGCAUAAAAUACGCAUGGAUCAGCAUGAAACUCGUAUUAUGGCAUUUACUGAAGAAAUAUCGCAUCCACACGUCACUCAAAUGGGAGGAACUCAAACUCAUGAUAAGCGUUACUCUCAAACUUGUGAAUCGCCAUCUGAUUUCUGUGGAAUUACGAUGAAAACCCGUCAUUAAUAAUGUAAUCGUG